AUGAGGGCACGCGUGGAGCCUGCCGCUGACACAGCGGUGGUUCGUGCUAUGCCAAAUGCGGAGCGAUUGGCUCGCCAGGAAGCCUUGAAGAAGCGGGUCACGGGCCUCAUUCUUUCACCCGAAACCUUGCCUGCCCAUUCUGUCGUGGAUACUCUCGUCAAACAACUGGAGGAUGGAGUCCUUCAGUACUUGCCAGCAUAUCGCAUCAUCAGCUGUGCCCAAGAAGCUCAGCAGUUGAAGAAAGACCAGCAGGUGGUGGUAGAUGGCGAAGGGAACCUGAAAAUGGCUAGCAAGGCUGAGUCCGCCACUUGUGACACGCACACUGACUUGGCUCUGCGCAAUGCUUGGACUCGUCGUUCGCUGGCCUAUGAUCUUGCGGGUCUCUGCAGCUUUCAGGUUCUUGAGGAGUGGUGUCACAAAUGCUUCCUUGCUUUGAUGAGGCCUGUGCCCAGUGGUUAUUCCAAGGUAACCACUCAUCAACUCAUCGCUGCCGACCGGCACCUGUUCACGUUGGCCUCGCAUGCCCUCCUUGGAAAACUCGCCGGCGAGCCCGGCCGCGAGAAGCCUUUGGAGACCCAAAUCAAGCUGUUGUCCGAGUCCCAAGAGGUUUUGCAGUACCUAAAUGCUCUCCCUACUCCUCCUCCUUCUGCACCCUGGCCAGGCAAGCGCAAAUGGGAUGACCCCAAAGGGGGUGAGAAGGGCGAUAAAGGGAGAGGUAGGGGUAAGGGCAAGUCGUCUAAAGGUGAGGGUCGCAAGGAGUUCACGGAAGGUGCCGCUUUCGAGUCAACUCCAAGAACCGUUGCGGCCGUGGUUUCCACAUCUGUUGGAGAGCCGGGUGUGGUGGCGACCACCCUGGCCAUCUGUGCACUAAGGGAUCUUGACUCCGGGCGGGGGGCUCCAUCCUGCUCCCGGAGCCUGCGCCGCUCUCUCCGCAUUGUGUCACGUCCCGAAGCCCUUGCCGAGCAACUGCUUCGCAAGCCAACCUUGGCGGCCCUUGAUGUUUUGAGAGUUUUCGACUUGUUGCCCAGGAAUCCAUCUAAACGAGAUGCCUUCCAUCACCGGAGCUUUGGUUGCGGUGCCUGGGUGUUCGGGUCCCAGAUCGGAAUUCGUACUGACACUAAGUCUUUUCCAAAGAGCGCCGCUCUCUUUUGCCGCUAUGUUCACCAAGUGAAUCCUCAUCACACCUUUUCCAGCUUAGUCUUGCUUGAUGAUGUUCAAAGCCCGCUUCAUGUGGACUGCAAUAACGACCGCUCCUCCUGGAAUCUUGUCAUCCCCUUGACCCGGUUUCGCAAUGGCCAAAUCUGGGAAGAAUGCGAAGGCGGGGCUGACCGCUUUGAAGACGCUUCUGGCACUUUCUGGGGGCGUCUGCAUGAGGUAUCCGCAGAGCCAGUCUUGCUUCAUGCCGCCGUGAACCGCCAUGCUGUUUUGCCUUGGCAGGGCCGCAGGGUUGUGUUGAUUGCCUUCACCCCCAGGGAUAGUCCUAAGCUUCCCCCUCCCGACCGUGACUGGCUACGCUCACUUGGCUUUCGCCUACCCUCCCCGUCCGCCUUGCCCAUCCCUGGCCCACCCAAGCUCUUUCUCGAGGUGUUUUCCGGCUCUGCAAACCUGGCUCGAGCCGCCCAGAGGCUCGGGUUCACGGCCGUUCCCACGGUUCGCCUUGACCUUGCUUCCAGUCUGGGCCGCGAUGCCUUGUUUCGCUUGUUGAGUGACAAAAAGCCUGCCGCGGUGCAUCUGGGCCCCCCUUGUGGCGCCUCUUCUCGGGCCCGUGAGCGGCCCUUGCCGGCAAAGUUACGAGCCCUCGGCCUCCGUGACCCUCGGCCGCUUCGGAGCGCCGACUUUCCCCUCGGCUUGCCUCACAUUGACCCUGCAAGCGAUGAUGGUUUGCGCUUGGCCGCCGCCAAUCGUCUUUAUGACCUGGUCUUUCAUGUCCUGCUUUGGUGCGCUGAGCACGACUGUGUCUUCACUCUCGAAAACCCCACGAACUCGUGGUUCUGGAGUGUGCUGGCUUUGAUGACUUGCAUGAGAUCCUCUUCGACGCUUGUGAGCACGGUGGUGCUCGCCCAAAGUCCACCAAGCUGCUCAGCAAUCGGGAUGCCUUUGGCUGCCUUCGUGCCCGUUGCAGCGGCCGUCAUGUGCAUGAACCUUGGGGCGUCAGCUGGCGCGCUGGAGGCCCAGUAUCCUGGUGUGUUGGCGGCUCGAUGGGCCGCCUGCUUUGCGUCUGCUUGCGACGUUUCCCCUGGCCAGCCGGAAGCCCCCGACCCUCGUUUGCAGUCUCUGUCCGCCGUGGGUCGCCAAACCCGUAAGCAUAAGCCCUUGGUUUCCGAAUACAAGUUCGUGCGCAUCAUGCCGCGCGGCCAAAUUCCCUCCUCCGGUUGCAAGGUCCUCGGCGCGCCUCCCGUGCAAGGGGGUGAUUCGGGGGAGGCCGCCGAAGUUCUUCCUGAAACUUCUCCAGACAGUGAGGGGCUUGGUCUGGAUAGGGGUGAGGAUUGCCAGGUUGGUUUCUACAGAGAUCCUAGUGAGUGGUUCCAGGCUGCCAAGAAAGUGUACCACCCUCUUGACUCCGAGAACGAACUCCCAAAGGGGCUGAAGGCUUCCCUUGAGGCCAACAUGGUUGCUGAUCGCCGGGCCCUUUUUCUUCGUCGAAAACUCGCACUGAUGAAGGCAGAGAUCCUUGCCAAAAAGUUGGAACAAGACGAGAGCAAGCUUCACUCAGCUAUGCCAUCGUGGAUGCAGACUGUGAUGCAAGGCAAGAGGAUCUUACUUCUGGAGUCAUUGUUGAGACAGCACAACUUUGACGACAUGGAGGCGAUCGAGCUUCUAAAGUCGGGGGUGAGGUUGUCGGGUGUGUCCGAAUGCCCUGCGGCCUUUGAUGUCAAAGUGAAAUCUGCUACGUCUACCGAAGCGGAACUCCGUCAAGUGGCUCCCUUGAAACGAGCAGCGUUACUUCUGGAAAAUCGUGUCUCCGACCCCGAGCUCGAACGCGAUUUGCUGAAGGUGACUAUGGACGAGGCAAAGGCUGGAUGGCUUCAGGGGCCUUUCAGCAGUGAAAAGGAAGUUUCAGAGCACUUGGGGAGGUCGGAUUGGAGUUUGAUGCGAAGAUUCGGCGUUCGACAAGGAGGCAAACUGAGGCCGAUUGACGACGCCUGCGAUUCCGACUUGAACAGCACUUUCACCAGCACCAUGAAGCUAAAGUUACAGGACGGUGACUUUUGCAUCUCUUUGGCUAUGGAAAUUGCAAAGCGCGUCGUGGGAAAGCCGGGAGUCGUACCUAGAGAGUGGAGUGGCCGAUGCCUUGAUCUAAGUGGUGCUUACAAACAGAUGGCAGUUUGUGAGCAACAUCGGAGCUUGUGUGUUCUGCUUCUGCGUGAUGCCGACGGCCACCCAAUCUUUUUCAUUUCUUCAGCAUUGGUUUUUGGGGCUUCAGCUUCAGUCUAUGCCUUCUUAAGAAUAGCUCGGGCCUUGAGCUUCUUAAUGAACGUCGUGCUGGAGAUCCCUCAUGCAAACUUCUUCGACGACUAUCCAAUCCUUGUGCCUUCGGAAGAUGCUGAACAGGUGGGCCUCUUAUGCACGAAGUUCCUGCACUUGUUGGGUUGGAAACAUGCCGAAAUUGGUGAGGGUCACAAAGGUCUCCCCUUUGCGAAAUCCUUUGACGUGCUGGGCUUGCAUCUCGACGUCUCUUGCAUAUCUUCAGGGAUUUUGACAGUGGCUAACAAGCUCGGCCGGGUUGAUCGACUCCUUGAGCGCCUUCGAGAGAUCCAGGAGUCGGCAGUCCUCAGCCGCCACGAGGGCCAGGUCCUUCUGGGCCUCCUGCGGUACGCGGCUGGGUUCUUCGGAGGCAGAACUUUACGUUAUGUCUGUGAGGACUUGAACGCCAUAGUGCAUCAUGGACAUCACCCUUCCCCUGUUGCGGUUAAGAUGCUUUGUCGACGCGCCAUAACUGCAUUGGAAUCGUCUAAGCCCCUCCAGCUCAAAGCAGACAUGCCGAGUUCUCCGGUGCAUCUCUUUACAGAUGGCAGCUGGGAAAAAGGUGUGGCCGGAGUUGGGGCUGUGUUUUUCGACUCACACGAUGGAUCUGCAGAAGUUUAUGGAGGCGAGAUGCCAAAGGACAUGGUCGAGUCGCUUCAACAGACAGACGGUGAUCACUUGAUUGGACAAAUCGAAACCUACGCUGUCGUGGCCAUGCGGAUACACCUGGCUCAUCGUUUUUCAGGACGCCGGGUGAUCAUUUGGACAGACAAUGAAGGUUGUCGAUUGGCUCAUAAAAGGCCGUUCAAAAUCCCACACGAUGGACACGUUGAUCAGGAGCUUCGCUGCUGCCGAGGAUGCCAAUCCAAGUCAUACCUGGAUAUGUCGUGUGCCGAGUUACUCGAACAUCGCCGAUGGGCCUUCUCGAAAAAAGCCUGA